AUGCAAGGUCUGACAGCAUCAAUGCCGGGCACGGCGUACGUGGACUUUACACACACAGCAAACACAUCGCUACCAAUGAUAGGACUCAUGCCAUCGUUUUCAGCGGGCGGAACGUUUUGCGGCUCAUUCGCUACAUUAAUAUUCAAAUGGGUUAACAGACAGAUAUACUUAUCACUCGCGGUGCUGGCCAUGGGUUUGAGUACAAUAUUUUUACCCUAUUGUACCGAAGUAUGGCAAUUGUGGCUGUGCACGUUUAUUUAUGGUCUAGGUACGGGCGCUUGGAAUGGUUGCAAUAAUGUAGUGUUGGUGGAAAUGUGGACUAACCUGAGUUCAUCUAUGUUACUAUUUUCUCAAUUUCUAUGGGGUGUGGGCACUAUCAUCGGACCACUAAUGACCGCUAACUAUGUAAUUGGUAACGAUGUUUGUCCCGGAGUUUUGCCCGAAGAGUGCCUGUCUGUCAACACUAGCGCCGGCACUACAGAGUUGUUGCCCACACUUGAGUGCAGUGAACAAUGUUUGACUUACAAUAGACAACCGGCGCUGGAAAUACCCUUCAUUAUUGGUGGUGUACUGGAGUUAAUUGGUCCGGUGCUAUACUUUGCGAUGUAUUUUAUCAAAAAGUAUCACUACAUCAACGACUUGUCAGAGCCCACAGAGAGCAACAAAGCGGAUGCCGAGCGUCGGGCAAAACUGGUACCAAAAUACACAAUACUUACAUGUAUUUCAAUAGUAUUUCUAUUUGCGAUGUGUUCGGAGAAUUUGUUCGCCGCAUUCGCCCCGACAUUCUUCCAGUACCAGCCGGUGCUUCGCAUACCCGCCUCCGAGGCAUCGCUAAUGAACUCCGCAAUGAACGGCGCGUUUGCAUUCGGCCGACUAAUCAGUGUAUUCAUCGCAUACUAUGUCACACCACCUUACAUGAUCAUUGUACAACUGUUUAUCACCCUGGGCGGUUAUAUAUUUUUGAUAGUUGGCCAAAACAUUUACGCUUGUUUAUGGGCUAGCUCUAUUAUCAUUGCGUUUGGCUUCUCGACCAUCUGGAUCUGUUUGUUCUCGUUUGUCGGCCGAUACACACCACUAACUAAUGUGAUAGGUGGCUAUUUUGCCACCGAUUUUAUUGAGAACGACCCAAAUGUGUAUUUAUAUUUAAGUUUGGGCGGUGUUGUCAUUGUAAAAUGA